GUUGUACCCGCCGGACAAUGCACCUCUUUCCUUUUCCUCCAAAGUUUGUUACAUAAAGUAUCGAGAGCCUUCCAGUGUUGGUGUGGCACAACAUUUAACCAACACUGCUUUUAUUGACAGAGCAUUGAUUGUUGUGCCUUGCGCAGAAGAUGACUAGAGUGGCCCAGGCGUUACACUACUACACUAGCCUGACUCAAGGCUUUCUUUUCCAAGCCACUAUACCCGCGGGGGCCCACGCUGCCUUCAAGGGGGGAAUGUGACCAGGAGCGUAGCCGCUGAACCUUCCGAGAUGGACACCUUGUCUCUUUUUAUUUUAUUUACAUUUCCUUUUAUUUUUUUUUUUAUUUUUUUUUUUUAUUUCUCUCACAUGUUGUCCCUUUUUUACUUUUAGAAGAGUUGCAUAUUCAUUGUGUUGUUUUUCUUUAUUUUUGCUUUCCUGUCCCCCUGUCCCUCGCCCCCAAUUCUACAGUUGCACUCAUUUGCCUGUCUUUGAAAGCUGUCCAGGUUGACUUGGCACCAAGUAUUGGAGGGAAGUUUGAACGUGAUGCAGCCAACAUGAACGGUUGUCUUGUGUUGCACACCCUUUCCAACACUGCGAAACGAUCGCCCCAGGGAGAAAAGCGUCCAUGCUUGAUAUCGUAUGGUUCAUGACCAAUAUGUUUCCAGUACAGGAAAAAUCCCUGAAGAGGCAAAGGCGCUCUCGCUUUUGGCCCCCGUCACACCCGUCGCUAGCCUGAUGAGCGGAGGAGGACUUUUGCCCAUUCCCAGUCCCGCUACGCUACAGAACCGAGGUCUUCCUUUAGCUAAUCUGGGGGUCCUGAAGACGAGUUUGGAUACAUCUGUGGCAGCUCUGAGUGGAAUUACCUCACAGCCUCCACUCAUGGGUAAUGUUGAUCCCUCUAAAAUCGACGAGAUCAGGAGGACGGUUUAUGUCGGCAACUUGAAUUCACAGACUACCACAGCAGAGCAGCUGCUGGAGUUCUUCAAGCAGGUUGGAGAUGUAAAGUUUGUGCGGAUGGCUGGAGAUGAAACUCAGCCUACACGUUUUGCCUUCGUGGAAUUUGCGGAUCAGGAUUCAGUAGUGAGAGCGCUAACCUUCAAUGGAGUCAUGUUUGGAGACAGACCACUGAAGAUAAACCACUCCAAUAAUGCCAUAGUGAAGCCUCCAGAGCUCACGCCGCAGGCUGCUGCCAAAGAGUUGGAAGAUGUUAUGAAGAAAGUCCGUGAGGCUCAAUCCACCAUUGCUGCUGCCAUUGAGCCAGCUGUAAAAAACCGCUCGUCCAGCAGUUCCAGGCAUUCCAGAAGAUCUAGAUCUCGCUCCCGGUCAUACUCGCGAAGAAAGCGAUCCAGAUCCAGACACAGGGGUCGGCCAUCCCAAAGAUCCCGACAGAGGAUGAGUGACUCGCGUGGGUCCCACAGGAGACGCUCGCGCUCCAGAGACAGGAAACGCAGCCGCAGUCAAUCUCACUCAAGGGACAAGAGGAAGGAGAAAGACAGCAGGGUGAGGAAGGAUGAUGACUGGGAUGAAAAGAGGCAGAGGGACAAAAAGGGAAGGAUGCUUCCAAAAGGCUCCAGUGGCUCCAGACAUUCCCGCAGUACAAGCAGAGGGAAGAAGGAUAGAAAGAGGGAAAAAGAGAGGGACGUUAGCAAGGAAAGGAGGGAGAGCCCAGCAUUCAGGAGAAAAAGCAGGAAUUAUGACCACAAAGCCAAACCAUCACAGGUGGACCAUGUGUAUGACAGUGACAUGGAGGGGUCUGGAUCUGCCGAUAGUGAUGACCAAUCUCCCCAAGUUCAUCACAACGGCAGCUACAGGAGCAUGUACGCCGAGGAGGAUGAACUCUCGGCUGCUGAGUGAUCAACAUGUGUACAUGCCAAACCUAGAAGUGUGAUGUGUAACGGUUGUGUCUGGAGAGCACAAACUGUAUCAUACUGUAUCAUACUGUAACAGCUGACACUGCUUUUAAAGUGUUUUCUCUUGAGUCCAUCGGUGUGUGAUUGUAUGAUUCUGAGAACUCUUAGAAAACAUCUUCUACCGCUGUAAAUAUGCUGCCUGUCCUAUGAUAUUCAUAUGGAUGAUAAUGUAAAGUUUUGGAAAGAUCUUUUUUGUGAUGAAAGCUGCAGGAUAUUGAACAGUUGAGAUGAUUGUAAUGGGGUCACUUUUUAAAUUGUUUUCUUUUGCACGUAACGUGUUUACGCUCGUGUGAAAAGAUAUUAUUUUAUGCUGUUUUUGUGUGCUCCAUGUCUCUCUUUUUAUCCAUCUUACUAAAACAGCCAUUAUUACUAUACUUGGGCAAAUCUCUUAAAUGUCUGGGUUUUAUUUGACCCUAGUAUAUGGAUUUGUACAUUAUUUUUAAUGGUAAUUUAUGGUAAUUUACCCUCCAAAUUCUCUUUAACGUAAUGCAAGAAAUCUCAUUCUCAUCACUGGAAUACAGUUGAUGAUCAUCUUGUCCGGGUUUUUUGGUAUUCUAAAACAGUUCAUCAAACACUACGAUUUUUACUUUACAAAUUUGCUUUAAAAUUUGAAUAUAAUUUUUUUUUUUUUUUUUAUA